CCUACUGACCAAACGUGGUGAACCAGACGUGCAAAGUAUUAUGCAAUAUCACACAAGACAGGGUGUUGUGGACCAACAUCUACUUGGGUAUGAGCCACGAGACACGCUAUGUACUUCCGGGCCCUGCAGCAGCCGACCUUUUCGCUCCGUUGACGCGAGCAGAAGUAGAGUCCCUGGUCCUUUCCGUGAGCCUCACGGAGAGGCGAUGGAAGCUACCUCGAAAGCCACCAAAACUCUUGGAGGCUUCCGAAGUCGUAUGUUCUGCUGAAGAGCCCAUGCAUACGGGCAUGAGCAUCCUCAACAUGAACAUUCUUGCGGACCGGUGGCUGGUUGUCCUAUACCAAGGCGAUGCGGUCGAGAUAUGGGACCUGUGCCCCAACUCAGGUAGCAGCGCCUCCGGUGUGACAAGGGCUUGGAACGGCCCUGGUCCAGAGGAUACUCCUUGUGCACCUUGCGCUAUCAGACACACCGUGCAAGGGCUUGGGCCGUGCUGUAUGUCGGCCGUCGUCCUUAGCGAAGAUGGGCGCGACAUUAUAUUGGCAGUUGGGAGGUGAGCCCAAUGA